GUGGCUUGCACGGUGCCUGGCUCCCUGUCCAUUGAGUUUUCCCGACGCGGACGCCCAUCAAUGGUCCUGCUCCGGGAUGCACACGCAGCUCUCGGCCGGAGGGGGGUAGCAGCCGCCGCCUCCAGGUGCUGGCUCUCCCGGGCCCCCGCCGCCACUCGAGCCCCCGGGCGCACUGAAGUCCCGGCCAUGGGGCUGCUGAGGCUGCCGUUCCUGGCGUGAGUAGGGCGACGGAGCCGCGGGGCUCUGGAGUCCUUCGCUGCCUGCAUGGAUGUCUUCAGCUUUGUGAAGAUGGCAAAGCUCUCGAGGCACUCUGCUGUUUUAUGAGACAGGCAUUAGUGUCCCUACUUACAGUUCAGGAAACUGAGGCACAGAGCAGUUCAGUGGCAUGAGGUCACACAGCUGCCAUAGGACGAAGUCUUCAGGCUGGCCGCCUCCAUCAGGAACCUGGGGCUUGAACCAGGUGCCACCCUAUGGAUGGGAGAUGAUGACAAACCGAGAUGGGCGUGACUACUUCAUCAAUCACAUGACGCAAGCGAUUCCAUUCGAUGACCCUCGGUUUGAGAGCUGCCAAAUUAUCCCCCCUGCCCCUCGGAAGGUGGAGAUGAGGAGAGACCCUGUGCUGGGAUUUGGUUUUGUGGCAGGGAGUGAAAAGCCAGUGGUCGUUCGCUCUGUAACACCAGGUGGCCCCUCGGAAGGCAAACUGAUCCCUGGAGAUCAGAUUGUGAUGAUUAAUGAUGAGCCAGUCAGUGCUGCACCCAGGGAGCGGGUCAUCGACUUGGUCAGAAGCUGCAAAGAAUCGAUACUGCUCACUGUCAUUCAGCCUUACCCAUCUCCCAAAUCAGCAUUUAUUAGUGCUGCAAAAAAGGCAAGAUUAAAGUCCAAUCCAGUCAAAGUACGCUUUUCCGAAGAGGUCAUCAUCAAUGGCCAAGUGUCGGAAACCGUUAAAGACAAUUCGCUGCUUUUUAUGCCAAAUGUUUUGAAAGUCUAUUUGGAAAAUGGGCAAACCAAAUCCUUCCGCUUCGACUGCAGCACUUCCAUCAAGGAUGUCAUUUUAACACUCCAAGAGAAGCUGUCCAUCAAAGGCAUUGAGCAUUUCUCCCUCAUGCUGGAGCAAAGGACAGAAGGGGCCGGAACUAAGCUGCUCUUGCUUCAUGAACAGGAGACACUCACUCAGGUGACACAGAGACCCAGCUCCCAUAAGAUGAGGUGUCUCUUCCGAAUUAGCUUUGUCCCAAAGGAUCCAAUUGACCUGUUAAGGAGAGAUCCAGUUGCUUUCGAAUACCUCUAUGUACAGAGUUGUAACGACGUUGUUCAGGAGCGCUUUGGCCCGGAGCUGAAAUAUGACAUCGCCUUGCGGCUGGCCGCGUUACAAAUGUAUAUUGCCACCGUUACCACCAAACAGACGCAGAAAAUCUCUCUCAAAUACAUCGAGAAAGAAUGGGGAUUAGAGACUUUUCUUCCCUCAGCUGUGCUGCAGAGCAUGAAAGAGAAGAACAUCAAGAAAGCACUUUCACACCUUGUCAAAGCAAAUCAAAGCUUAGUACCACCGGGUAAAAAGCUCUCUGCACUGCAAGCCAAGGUCCACUAUCUCAAGUUCCUCAGUGACCUGCGACUGUAUGGGGGCCGUGUGUUCAAGGCAACAUUAGUGCAGGCAGAGAAACGCUCAGAGGUGACUCUUCUGGUCGGACCGCGGUAUGGCAUAAGCCAUGUCAUAAACACCAAAACCAAUCUGGUGGCUCUUUUGGCUGACUUCAGCCAUGUCAACAGGAUUGAAAUGUUUACUGAAGAGGAAAGCUUGGUGAGGGUAGAGCUGCACGUGUUGGAUGUGAAGCCCAUAAUACUCCUUAUGGAAUCAUCAGAUGCCAUGAACCUGGCCUGCUUAACUGCCGGAUACUACAGGCUGCUUGUGGACAACAGGAGGUCAAUAUUCAACAUGGCCAACAAGAAAAAUGCAGGCUCACAAGACCCAGGAACUGAAAAUAAAGGAAAGCAUAACCUCCUUGUCCCUGACUGGAACUGUAUGCCCCAGAUGACCACCUUCAUUGGUGAAGGGGACCAAGAAGCCCAGAUCACAUACAUAGAUUCCAAGCAGAAGACAGUUGAAAUGGCAGAGAGCACCAUGUGUCCCAAAGAGCACCGGCACUUGUACAUGGACAGCACGUACAAUCCCAGUGAACUUGGCCAGGCAAUGACCCAGCCAGGUGACACCCCUUGUGAAGCAGACUACAGAAGUCUAGCUCAGCGGUCCCUGUUGACCCUCUCAGGACCUGACCCUCUGAAGAAAGCACAGGAAUCUCCGCGAGGAGCUAAAGUGUCCUUUAUUUUUGGAGAUCUUGCCUUGGAUGAUGGAAUUAGUCCCCCAACUCUGGGCUAUGAAAGACUAUUAGAUGAGAGUCCAGAAAUGCUAGAGAAGCAGAGGAAUCUCUAUAUCAGCAGUGCCAAUGAUAUGAAGAACCUGGACCUCACACCAGACACAGACAGCAUCCAGUUUGUGGCAAAUUCUGUAUACGCAAACAUAGGUGAUGUGAAGAACUUCGAGGCCCCUGAGGGCAUAGCAGAGCCCCUGCUACAUGACAUCUGUUAUGCCGAAAACACUGAUGAUGCAGAGGAUGAAGAUGAGGUGAGCUGUGAGGAGGACCUUGUGGUGGGUGAGAUGAACCAGCCAGCCAUCCUCGACCUGUCAGGGUCAAGCGAUGACAUCAUUGAUCUUACGACCCUGCCUCCUCCAGAAGGGGAUGACAACGAGGAUGACUUCCUCUUACGUUCUUUGAACAUGGCCAUCGCUGCACCCCCACCUGGCUUUAGAGACAGUUCAGAUGAGGAGGACACUCAGAGCCAGGCCACAGCUUUCCACGAGGACAAGGAGCAAGGGAGCAGCCUACAGAAUGAAGAGAUCCCCGUGUCACUCAUUGAUGCUGUGCCCACCAGUGCAGAGGGAAAGUGUGAAAAGGGCAUGGAUCAUGCUGUUGUUUCCACGCUGGAAGCUCUAGAAGCACUUUCCGUGUCAGAAGAACAGCAGACAAGUGACAAUUCAGGUGUAGCCAUCUUACGGGCUUAUAGUCCUGAGUCUUCUUCAGACUCAGGAAAUGAAACUAAUUCUUCUGAAAUGACUGAGAGCUCUGAACUGGCCGCAGCCCAAAAGCAGUCAGAAAGCCUCUCCCGUAUGUUCUUGGCCACUCAUGAAGGCUACCAUCCUCUUGCAGAAGAGCAGACAGAGUUUCCCACCUCCAAGGCUCCUUCAGGAGCCUUACCUCCAAAGUCCUCCCACAGCCUGAGUGCUCGCCCAGGGACCGACCUCCAGCCCAAAGUUGUGCCUUCCAAGCAGAUACUUCACUCGGACCACAUGGAGAUGGAACCAGAAACCAUGGAGACCAAGUCGGUCACUGACUAUUUUAGCAAACUGCACAUGGGGUCAGUGGUGUAUUCCUGUACCAGCAAAAGGAAAAGCAAGCUGGCUGAGGGAGAGGGGAAAGCUUCCUCAAAUGGGAACACACCAGGGAAAAAACAGCAAGGAACCAAAACGGCAGAGAUGGAGGAGGAUGCCAAAGGCAAAGUUGGCACUGUAUCUUCAAGAGACAGUCCACACCUGAGCACUUUUAACCUGGAGAGAACUGCCUUUCGCAAGGACAGCCAAAGAUGGUACGUGGCUUCCGACGGUGUGGUGGUGGAGAAAAGUGGUCUGGAGCCAGCAGCUAUAAAAGCCUUCCCCAGAGCUUCUGGCCUCGGGGUGAGGGAGGCCGAAGGGAAGGAGGAUGGGGCACUAGAUGGAGAAUCUGGUGAUCAUUCAGGACAUGGCCAAGGGGACCUUUUCCUAACAGAUGUGGCCUGUGUGGCCUCAGCCAAAGACUUAGACAAUCCUGAGGAUGCUGACUCACCCACAUGUGACCAUGCCGCCAAGCUUCCCGAUGCUGAUGACAGCGUUGCCCGCCUUUGUGACUACCACUUAGCCAAGCGGAUGUCAUCACUACAGAGCGAGGGCCAUUUUUCUCUCCAGAGCUCUCAAGGCUCUUCAGUGGACACAGGUUGUGGCCCAGGUAGCAGUGGCAGCACCUGCGCCACUCCUGUGGAGUCACCUCUCUGUCCCUCCAUGGGGAAGCAUCUGAUUUCAGAUGCUUCCAGCAAAGGUGGGAAUUACAUCUCUUCAGAGGAGAGAGCCACUGGCCUUCCUAACCACGGAGGCGCCUUUAAGGAACUUCAUCCAUCAACAGAAGGGAUGUGCCCGCGCAUGACAGUGCCUGCUUUGCACACAGCCAUUAAUGCCGACCCUCUGUUUGGCACUUUGAGAGAUGGAUGCCAUCGGCUGCCGAAGAUUAAGGAAACUACAGCUCUGACAGAGCCUGGGAAGGAGAGACAAGGAGGCAUGCCUUCAGCUUGGUCUCAACACUCUGAAGUUGAUCCCAUCCUGCUACCAUCAAAAAUUCACUCAGAAUCAAAGGUGCCAAUUCCAAAUCAAGACCCUAAUGAUUACUCCCAAGCAAAUCAGGCAUUUGGAGAGGCUGUGAGCUGGCGGCCAACAGAUCUGAAAGGGGGGAGCCUCAGAACACCCCCCAGCCAGAGGGCUCUCAGACAUAGCAGUAUCCUCUCAGGUCCCGGAGGUUUGGAGACCUUCCAAGGGAGAACUAAGGGUGCUGUCAGCUUGAAGUAUCCGGGUAUCACAGAAGCACAGGAGACAAGAUCUGAAAGGCGAGCAGAACUCCCCCUGGGGAAGAAGCUCACCAAGAGUUUUUCCCAAAACUCAAUGCACUUGAGCUCUGAGGGCAAGCUCCACAAAAGGCCCCCAGUGGCUCAUAAAGAUUCAAAGUUGUAUAGGACCUUACCCUUGCGAAAGCUAGAGGGCAGCAAUUGGAGAUGUCGAGGACCCUUCAGCUACUGUUUCCUGAACCGAGGGCAGGAUGAAGAUGGAGAUGAGGAGGAGGAGGAGGGAGAGGCCACCCUUAAAGUUUCUUGCCUUUAUCGACCGCAGAUAACUCAAGCCAUGCCAGAACCAAGCAACCUAUCCCUGACAGUUGGGAUGCAGAACCAAGGAGAAGAGAUAUCCAGAGGAUCAGUACUGAAGACCUGGGCAGAAGAAUUGAGUGGUCCAGAUGAAUUGGACUUCAGUAGUCUGGCUUUUGAUGCCAGAAUUGCACGGAUAAAUGCCCUAAAGGAGAGCACAUAUACCAUGCCUGAUGGGUUCCUUGAAGCCCAGAAUGAUGCCAAUGAACUGCUCUGCAUCGUCAGAGCAACUAGGGGGAAAAAAGAGGAGUCACACCCCGAAGCAUAUGACCUUACACUCUCUCAGUACAAGCAACUGUUAUCUAUUGAGUCCAGACAGUUGGGAAGUGCCUGUAGGAAGAUGGCGAUGGCCGAGAAAAGCCCAGAGGAGAUGCUCCUAGCUAUGAGUUCCAGCUUCCAAGUGCUCUGUUGCCUGACAGAAGCUUGCAUGCGAUUAGUGAAAGUCGUGAACUCGGAAACACAGCGGCAGGAAAUUGUAGGGAAGAUUGAUGAAGUGGUCAUAAAUUACAUUUGUCUCCUGAAAGCUGCUGAGGCAGCUACUGGAAAGACCACUGGGGAUGCUAAUACUGGACUCUCGAUGCGACAUUCAACCACCAUGGCCGCUCUUGUAAGCACACUAACACGUUCUCUCAAGAUGCUUUUAAAUAAAUAAAUAUGAAAGUCAUGUCAUAAUCUACCUUUGCAAAGCCAUACAUGAACUUUUAUUUACUUUCUGUGUACAAUUAACAGAUGUCUCCUUCCUUCUUUCUGUAUAUUUUGUUAUUUUAUAUGAAAUAGGAGAUAGACAUUACAUUGAUGAAAUGUUGAAAUGUCCUGAUCAGGUGUAUUCUGUUUAUAUUAUACAUAUAUAUACAUGUAAAAGAAAUAUAUGAGAAAGUUAUGGCAUUUGGCUAUUUUUCAUGUAGUCAAAACUCCAAAUAUAUGAUGUGAAGUUUUCAAUUCUAUCAUAUUAGAGCAAAACAAUGAAUCUUAUCCCUUCUUCCAAGUACCUACUUGGAGACCAUAUCAUUCAUACUUAUAAGUAAAAAUAAAAAAUUAGAGCUCACAAUGUAUAUAGAACAGUACUUGUGUUUUAAAAUUAUGAUUUUUAAGCAUUGGAAAUAGCAAAAAGGCAUUUAAAAUUCAAGAAGCUACUAUGAAUUAUUAGAGAAUAUAUACAAUAAAUCAACUUUUUGCUCAUAGUGUUUGGUUACUGGAUGCUUUCUUCCAAGAAUCCCACAUCUUUAAUUUUGGCUUAUGCUAUUUCGGCUACAGAUGGGUAUGGGGUUGGUAGAUUCUAUCAUGUCAACACAAAUACUUUUCAAUGUUUCUAGAAUUAAAAUAGCUUCCCAAACAGAUGAAUAGAGGGAAUGAUGGGCAGGUCCUAAAAAAUAUGUAGAGUUAUGGAUUAUAUAAUUACAUAAAAUAAGAAAAAUUAUGAAUACCAAAAUUAAAUUGUUUUAUACAAAUUGAGAUCUGCUCUGACUAAAUGGCAAAACACAUAAAUGAAAAGCAUUAUUUUCUCCCAACCUCAGAUCAACCAUGAAGUUUGGGGUUUUUAUAUAUAUAUAUUGACAGAACAUCUAGUAAAGCAUUUGUAGAAGUACAAAACAGAAAAGAUUUACUGAUCAUAAAAAGUGCAGAGCAAGUAAUUUAAACCAGACCUCACACCAGCAUCUGCAAGAAAUACAUCUCAGCCCUCAGCCCUUAGUACUCAACUCUAAGCUCUCAGAAGCAUUUCUUAUAGCAACUUCCUUAUAGGAAUCAUGGCUAUCAACCAAACCUGGAAGAACAGCCUAAUACCAGGAUAAAAUCUCAGGACUGGAAUAUUCCAGAAAAUCAGGAUGAGAUGGCUACUGUCAUAAUUGAAGCCAUGACUGAAUAUUUAUUAAACAGGCAUUGGAUUUGUAUUGGAUGAUGGAAAUGUGAAAUCUGACCUAAAAUCUAUCAAGUCUGAUGAUUUCAAAAGAAAUCAAUGAAAUACAGGAGUUUUCAGCACCUAUAUCUCUAAAAAUAUAUCUUUGGAUAAAAACAAAAGGAUGAAACCUCUUCGAUUAUAAAAUAAAAUUACUAUGUACAUAUGUAUUUCGUGGAUCUUUCAGUAUUCAAGCUAUAUACACUCUUAUUUAAGUAAGAGGAUCCUUAGAAUAUGACAAUAAUAUACUAAGUACAAAUAUUUCCAGUUUUGUAGGCUACUAGAUGGGAGAUAUAAUAGGGUCCACCAUUGCUGUUUCUCUCUGGUCAGCCAUUCAUUCCACAGAGAUUCACCAAAAGUCACACCACAGGUGUGUAGAUGACAGCAAACAAAAGAAGUUCAGGAAUAAGCUGUUAUAAAUAAUGUUUAAUUGAAUAAUAAAACAUUAUUUCAUUGAAA